AUGAAAUUUUUACCACAAAACAAUGCACUUGAUAGAAUCCACUAUGUGCCGUCAACUUGGAUUCAAUGGCAGAGUAAAGAAUGCGAGACAGUGCUGGCUGCGUACCCUGACGAACCGUGGGAGGUCACUGAGAAACGGGCCAAAGUCUAUGAAGAUCCCAGAGCGGACUGGAAUUUGUCCUUGGCGCAGGUCAAGGACAUCUCAGACGAUGUGUACGAAAUCAUAAAAGAAAAGAAGCACCCUGGAGUUCUGAAAAGCUCAACAGGUCAAAGAAGCGUUAAUAUUGACAAAAUUCUGCAGGGCAUACGGAUAAGUUACCUGAGGAUGAAUCAAAUCUUGACGUCGUUAGAAACAUUGACGGUUCUAGAACAGGAAAUCAACGAUCUCAGAAGAAUCUCCCGUAACUUUCCUAAGAAUUGGACAUUGAAGCAUCGUGAAUAUUCACCAGGACUCGUUAAACUCGUUAAAGAUACUGGUGUAUACAUUGGGAAGAUAGAACUAGAGGAUUGCCUUGAUUCGUCCACUAAAUGCACUCAGUUGGCACGUUUGUUAACAAAAAAUAUUUUUUCAGAGUCCGCCUUGAAGCAUUGCCUGUAUGUCGGCUCAGUAAACAAUAAGACGCAAUUUCGGUUGGACUCGCAUGCGACCACCGUCAUAUCAACUUUCGUCCUAUCGUAUGGUUGCAGUAAAUCGUGGAAUCACUCAAGUGAUCAGGCAGUCAAAAAUGCCAUGCGAUACAUGCUGGCUGUAUAUAAAAAAACGCACUGA